ACGGCCCGGCCCGGCCAUGACCCUGCGGCGGCGGCGGCGGCGGCGGCUCCGGCCGAAGGACGAUGCGGCACCGGCGGCGGCCCCGGAGAGCCCCGGGCCCGCCGAGUUGUACCGAGCGCUGGCGGCGGCCGGCGGGACCCUGCCCCGUGUGCGCAAGGACACAGGGUUCAAGUGGGCAUCCCCGAGCCAGUCCCCGGAGGAGCACAGGAGGGUGGUGAUGCUGGAGAAGAAGGCAGAGGAGUCCUUUGGCUUCGAGAUCCAGACCUACGGGCUGCACCACCAGGACAGGAACAGCGUGGAGAUGUUCACCUUCGUGUGCCGCGUGCACGACGGGAGCCCGGCCGAGGCCGCGGGGCUCAAGGCUGGGGACACCAUCACGGGCGUGAACGGGCUCAACGUGGAGGGCAUCCGGCACCGGGAGAUCGUGGAGAUCAUCAAGAGCUCAGGAAACGUUCUCCGGCUCGACACUCUCUAUGGCACAUCCAUCAGGAGGGCCGAGCUGGAGGCCCGGCUGCAGUACCUGAAGCAAACCCUCUAUGAGAAAUGGGGGGAGUUUCGCUCGCUGAUGGUGCAGGAGCAGCGGCUGGUGCGGGGUGUGGUGGCCAAGGACCCCAGCAUCUACGACACGCUGGAGUCCAUCCGCUGGUGCCUGCAGGGGGAGGGACUGCCGGGGGGCUCCUCCCGCGCCAGCGGCAGCGAUGAUUCCCUGUACCAGACCUGCGUCUUCGCCUCCUCCAGCUCCCUGGAUGGCGACAGGGACGGCGACAAGGACAAGGAUGAGGACAGCGGGGGUCCCGCGCCCCCUCCACCACGUCCCCGACCCGCUCUGGGUCGCAGCUCCAGCCUCAAGUGUGCGGGGGGCCCGGGGGCUGCGGGGAGGCUUUGGGCCCGGGCCGGGGACCCCGGGGACGGAGCCGCCGCCGCCCCCCGCAAGAACCGGCACAGCAGCUUCCGCCAGCGGCUGCUCAAGUUCAUCCCGGGGCUCAACCGGGCGCUGGAGGAGGAGGAGAGUCACCUCUAAGCCCGGGCCCUUCAGGACUAUUUAUUUAUUUAUUGCAAGGGGCUUCAUUCCCUCUGCCACCCCCCACAUCGCUGGGGGGCUGCAGGAAGGAGCUUUGGGGUUCUGGUUUGGGGUUCUGGUUUGGGGUUCUGGUUUGGCUCCCCCACCCCCGGGCUGUGGGGAUCGUGACGCUGAGGGACGGACACAGCACCGAGGGACAGACGUGAGGACCCUCCUGGAGCAGCUCACGGAGCUCUGGGGAGGGGGGAGCACCGGGGGAGCCCCGAAUUCCCCAGGCUGGGGCGUCCUGGGGGUCCCGCCCUGCUCUGCCCCCCUCCCCGGGCUGUUGUACCUCGCCAAUACAGAGAGGAUUUGCA